GUUCAAGUCGCCCUGGGAUUGGUUGCGAGACUGUUUGUUGCUUGGCGUGCACCGUUGUGGUUCUCUGCCUUCAUUGCCAAGCUAUUGAAGAAGGAACCCGCAUCUUCCUGGUUCAAUAGAGAGUUAGAGACCAUGGUGGUGACGUUGUUUUGCUGAAGCACCAUGCCCUCUCCUUUUCUGGUUCUUUUACCAGAAAAUUGAAGAAGCUAAAAACCUCUGUUCCCAGACUUCACAUUGGUAUUGGUAGAUCCUGUAGCUGUGGUUAAUUUCUGGUGGCAAGGCGUGAAUGCUGAUCUUCCUUCGCAACCAUAAGCUUAGAAGAAGCUAUGGCACAUGAGUCUAAAGUUCCACUGUUGAAGAAGCAAUACUACGAGAACUGUCCUGGUUGUAAAGUCGAUCAACUUAAAGAGGCGAAAACCGGGUGGCCUGUUAGAGAGCUCAUCUCCAUAUGGAUUCUUGUCCUUUCUACAACUCUCCCAAUAUCAUCUCUCUUUCCAUAUCUUUAUUUUAUGGUUAGGGACUUCAAUGUCGCAACUCGAGAAGAAGACAUUGGCUAUUAUGCAGGAUAUAUUGGCUCCUCGUUUAUGCUUGCCAGAGCUGUGACAUCUGUCAUCUGGGGUGUCGUGGCUGAUCGCUAUGGCAGAAAGCCUGUUAUAUUGCUAGGGACUUCUGCAAUGGUUGUUUUGAACAUUCUCUUUGGCCUCAGUGUAAACUUCUGGAUGGCGGUUACUAUGAGGGCUCUUCUUGGUUGUCUAAAUGGUUUAAUUGGAACAAUAAAGGCCUAUGCAAGUGAAAUCUUCAGAGAAGAUCAACAAGCCCUGGGUUUGUCCACGGUUAGCACAGCAUGGGGUAUUGGAUUGAUCAUUGGCCCUGCUCUUGGUGGUUUUCUGGCCCAGCCAGCAGAAAAAUACCCAAAUGUAUUUUCCCGGGACUCUUUGUUUGGGAGAUUUCCCUACUUAUUACCCUGCGUCGCUAUAUCAAUUAUCACACUUGGAGUAACCAUUGCAUCAUUAUGGAUUCCGGUUCCCAUAAUCAUUUGUAUGAUUUUGUUGUCACAGGAAACAUUGCAUGUCCACAAGGAGGAGAGGACUUCAGGAGACGACUCUUAUGAUGCUUUAGAAACUGCUGCAUCUGGUGAUGAUGGAAAGAGACCAGCUGUUGCGCAAAGCCUUCUGAGGAAUUGGCCUCUGAUGUCAGCUAUCAUCGUUUACUGUGUCUUCUCGCUCCAUGAUAUGGCCUACUCAGAGAUAUUUUCAUUAUGGGCGGUCAGCCCCCGAAAGUUGGGUGGACUUGGGUACUCAACAGCCGAUGUGGGUGAAACUCUAUCUGUCUCAGGUCUUGGACUUCUUGUGGUCCAACUUUCUCUAUAUCCAUACAUGGAGAGGCUUCUUGGACCCGUAAUGGUUUCCCGUCUCGCUGGGGCUUUGUCAAUCCCGUUAUUGGCAAGUUACCCUUUCUUGGCAAGAUUUAAGGGUUUUACUCUGCAUCUUCUGUUGAAUUGUGCAUCUAUAUUGAAGAAUCUUCUAGCUGUGUCCAUUGCAACUGGCUUAUCUAUUCUACAAAACAAAGCAGUGGAGCAACACCAGAGAGGAGCUGCUAAUGGAAUUGCUAUGACAGCAAUGUCUCUUUUCAAAGCUUUUGGCCCUGCUGGCGGGGGUGCUCUACCGCACUUUGGGUUAAUCUGGUGCAGAUUUUCUUGGGGAGAAUCACGUCAGGAUGCUGCUUUCCUGCCCGGGAAUCAAAUGGUUUUCUUCAUACUGAAUGUGGUGGAAGCAAUUGGGGUGUUAUUGACGUUCAAGCCUUUCUUAGCACAACGCCGCUAGUCGUAGUAGUCAACAAGAACCUAUAGCCUCGAUCUGAUGGUAAAACUGAAGUGAAAUAUAGCCAGUAGAGCACAAGACAGCACAACCUUUUGUGUAUUAUUCUUAAUUAGGUUGUAUGUAAGGUCGAUAGGGUAGGACUUAGGAGUGAAGAAAGUUACUCUGUUGGGGAGGCUUUGCUUGGUUUAUCGAAUUCUUCACCAUAUGGGCAUGCAGAUGCAGUAGUAUGCAAUACGAAAGAGCCGCGCGUUUGGGUG